AUGCGUACCCGCUCUCUGCUCAGCAGGGCCCUCCUCGCGGUCGGUCCUGCUGUGACUGCUGCCACAGCUGUGUCCUAUCAGAACGGCACUGUUGCUGCGACGCCUGUCGUUAGUACCACUGUCGUCACCACUGUGACCUUGCGUGCCACGGUGACCGAUCAUGUAACCGAUCACGUCACUGAUCAUGUAACGGAUCAUGUCACCCACCAUGUCACUAUCGUGGAUCACAUCACGGCUGCUGUCUGUCUGACUGAAGCCCCGACCUUGGCUCUUUCCGGCCUCUUUGCUGCCGAGAGCAGCAGCCCUUCGUCAGCUUCGAUAUACAAAGCCCUUGAGCUCGAAGGUUCAAAGUCCCCCUCGAAGUCGGGCUCUGGUGGUUCGUCAAUGGUCAACUCUGCUGGUUAUACGUUCACGACUGCCUCCACAUGGACCGGCUUCACGUCGACCCAGGCUGCCCCAACUCUCAGCCCAGCCGUUCCUUACAACCACGAUGCCGACGACAUUAAGCAUCUUACCCCGUCAAACAACUGUGCCAUUCACUACACUGACUCUGGUGUCGACGACCCAACCAAGAAGCAGCUCUUUGCGUCGAUGAAUGCUACCUUCGCAUACCCCGCCGUCGUUCUUCAGCACUCAUCUCUCAUCAGCAAUGUUACUUGCACUAGCAGCGGUCUCUCCCUCAAGUUGGCAAACUCAGAGGCUUUGGAUUACUGCAAGAAGAACUGGGAUUCGAGCAAGAUUAUUCUUGUCUCCACUGCUUGCGGUGCCGACAAUGAUGGUCAGAACGCCUACUUUGUUGUCUCAGGCAUUACCUAUGACUCUGCCACCUUGACCGCGAGCUGCAAAGCAAAGGAAGUCGACAUUCCUGAUGCCAUGACCGACGUUGACCUGACAUGGGGAACCAUCCAUCCCAACUCUACGGUCUAUCCCGCCAGCAAUAGCACUACUGGUCCUUACGCCAAUGGCACCUCUUCCACUGGACCGUAUGGCAACUCCACAUCGUCCACGAACGCGACUUCUACUACUACUGCAGCUUGCGGUGCACCACCCGCUGCAACCAUCUCUGGAUUCCCAGCUGCUGCCUGUGGCGAGAACUUUGACCGAACCCUCGAUGACAUGCUUGGCUACCUUGAAUUCGAUGACGAUGAUUUCAGCGCUUCUCUCCAGGACCUAGCCCCUGGUUUGACUGAUGACAACAUUUCCGACUAUGAGGAUGACGACGUUGUGGGUGGUGUCUCGCCUACCACAUCCAAGUCCAAGCGGGACAUGAAGCGCAGAAGCUUCGCCGAACGUCGCGCUGCCCACAUCCAAAGGCGAUGGAGCUUCAGAGCCUUGGUUCAGAAGGCUGUUUCCGCAGUCGUCAAUACUGUCAAGAAGGCUCCCGCGGCUAUUGCCAAUGCUGUCGUCAACACUGCCAAGGCGGGCUACAACUUCGUCAAGGACGUCGUUUCCAACCUCCUGAACCCCUCCGUCGACGCUUCCACCAACUUCAGCGUUGCCCCCAAGACUCUGACCGACUCUGUCUUCGGUCAGGCCUAUCCGAUCUACCACCUCGACAAGACCAGCGGACCUGUCAGUGGAUCAAUUGACUUCUACUGUGUCGACUGCCAGGUUAAGGGCUACAUCCAUGUUGCUGGCAAGGUCAGCUUCAACAUUCUGUCGGCCUCGAUCACCGAGGGUUAUGUUCAGUGCGACGGUAACAUGUUCGCUCAAGCCAACAUCGGUAUCGCUGCCCAGGCUACCUACAGCCCUGACCCCUUCAAGAAGAACAUUGCCGCAGCGGGUAUUCCUAUCCUGACAAUUCCCAAGGUCAUUGUCGUUGGCCCCGAAUUUGCCCUCGACGCCAGUCUCGGUGUGAACAUUGAGGCCAAUGGACAAGUCCUUGUUGGUGCCAGUGCCAGCUUGCCCAACUUCAACGCCAGGCUUGAUCUGAUUGACUCGUCGAAGACCACGGCAACUGGUUUCACUCCCGUUUUCACCACCAGGUUCGAGGCCAAGGGCGAGAUCACUGUCACCACCAAGUUCAGUCUGCCUGUCCAGAUUGGUGUCGGUAUCGAUCUGGUUCCGCUCGGUACCAAGGGCCGCCGCCUCAUUUCGGUCAUCAACGAGCCUUCGCUCAACCUCGAGGCCAAGUAUUCCACCGAGGGCGAAUGCGCCAACGGUAUUGCCUAUUCUAUGGCUUUGGGCGACGACACCAGCCUCGACUUCUUCCAGCUCAAGAACAUCCCUCUGGCUACUUACAAAUCUCCUGAUUUGGUCUCUGGGUGCAAGACGCUUGGCUCCGGCAGCGGCUCCACUGGGUCAUCUGGCUCUGAUACAACCGGCACUGAUACAACCGGCACUGGCUCAACCGGCACCGACACAACUGGCACAGGAUCAACUGGUACCGACACAACCGGCACUGGAUCAACUGGCACCGACACAACCGGCACUGAUUCUACCGGUUCAACUGGCACCGAUACUACCAGCACUGGCGCCUCUGAUACCGAUACAUCUAGCACUGGCUCUACCGGUACUGAUACGUCCAGCACCGGUACAUCCGACACUGAUGCGUCUAGCACUCCGGCUACUGACUCUUCUACCACAGACGGAACAGUCGUCCGCCGCCAAGAUUCCAACGACACUGUCAUUGACUCCAGCGAUGACUCGAAUGGCUCCAACACUCAGUACGGCUUCGUGUACACUGCUCUCGUUGAUCAGUCUGGCUCAUAUGUUCUGACCAACGACGAUGACGGCAACCUUGGUUUGACUGCUGGUGAUGGCUCAACUGACCCCAAGGUCGCCGCCGCCGCCGCUAUUUCUACUCCCGGCGCCGCCUACUCUUCUUACCAACAGGUUGUCACAUCUGAUGACUCCGACCGUAUCUUCCACUACUACCCCGACACCAUGGCUGCGUUUGGCGUUUCGCGUCUCCGCCUGAGCAGCAUCGAUGGAGUGCCAAAGGGUGCCGACCUCAUCAACCUGCUGCCAGUGAACUACGACGAUUCUGACUCAACCCCGGGCGUGUACAUGGCUGUUGAUACCAAGGGCAACUACUUCUACACCAUUGCUUGCGACAUCGAGGGCGAAGACGCCAAGAUCUUCAUCGCGUCUGACCCGGAGGCUGGUGCUACCAAGCUUGCUGACGCAAGCUUGCGCUACAUUGUCACCGGUGGUGUUGUUCAGGACUGCUCCUUCAUCCCCUUCAUGUCGACCGGUGCAGGAUUGUCCUAA